GUGUGAGAAAGUAGCAAUCCAUACAGCAAUCUAGCAAGCGAGCUUGAGAUUGUUCGGAGGAAAGUAUGGGGCAGCAGCUGAAAGAUAGAUAGAGCUACUUUAGCCUAGCGAAAGCUUUCUAAGAUCGCUGCAAUUAUAGCUACUUGAGUCAUUGUAAUCCUCAAGGGCAAAUCCUUUGGGAUUGAGACAUCACAGGACAUGGACUGGGUAGCCUCAUUGAAGAUGAAGGUGUUAGACACAAAAUUCAGGGACAGAAACAGAGAGCCAACAAUAUACAGAGUCCCGGAUUUGUUGAAAAGUGUCGACCCCCAAGCCUAUGAGCCAUUGCUCGUCUCGCUCGGCCCCUACCACCGUCACAAACCUCAUCUACAGGCCAUGAAUCAGCUCAAAUGGAAGUACCUCAAGUUUAUCCUCGAGGAGAAACCUAGUAUGGCCUUGGAGGACUAUGUGGAUCUGAUCAAGAAUGUGGAAACGCGAGCACGCGAUGCCUAUUCGGAGGAAGUGAACAUGAGCAGCAACAGUUUUGUGGAAAUGAUGUUGCUGGACGGAUUCUUUGUGAUGCUUACAAUAAUGGAGAGGAACUACCCGAUGCAGAUUUCAGAAGAGAGUACCUUGUGGACUGGAAAUGUAGUAGUUCGCGAUAUCUUCAUGCUCGAAAGCCAGCUUCCUUUCUUUCUUCUUGAAACUUUGUACAAGUCUGCAUUUCCUCUCGGCGUUCCAUUUCGAAAUCUAGCAUUGAAGUUCAUCCGCAUACAUUUCUCAACAAACUUGAAACUUCCCACCGACAAUGACAAUGAGACUUUUCAUCACAUAAUUCAUCUUUUUCUUUCUUGCAUUGAUCCGACAACAAACCAUGGCAAUGGCAAUGGCAAUCAGUCAUCCACAUGUGGCUACCUCUGCACUGUUCCAGAUGUCCAUGUCCCCGACUUACCAUGGAUUCCCAAUGCUACGGUAGGUCGUGAUUCUGGAAUUCGAUUCAAAAGAAAAAGAAAACAGAGAGCCAAGAGUUUCCUGGACAUUACAUUUCAUGACGAAGAGUUGGAGAUUCCCCAACUUCAAAUAGGGGACCGCACCAACUCGCUGUUGAGAAAUCUUAUCGCGUACGAGCAAUGUUCAACGGAUUCCAAGUUCCAUGUUACAUCCUAUGUGGUGCUUAUGAGUAACCUCAUCAAUACGGCAGCAGAUGUCGAAUUGCUUCAACAACAUGAAAUCAUUAUUGGCUACUUAGGGGGCAGCCAUGAAAUUGUCACUCUAUUUAAAAAACUUGGAGCGAAUGUCACCUAUAAAUCACAUGAUUUCUACCUUAUGGGUGUCUUCACGGACAUGAGGAAGCACUACCACGCUAGAUUCAACAAUUGGCGCGCAAUGAUGAAUCGCGAUUACUUUGGUGAUCCUUGGAGAUCUCUCUCAAUAUUUGGUGCUCUUCCCAUAUUGGUCCUUACUAUGAUACAAACCGUGUAUGCUGUUCUGAGCUACGCUCAGUCGUCACACUAGCUUCCUCACUUAAAAGUAGAUUGUCAGAACGAGGGAAUGCUUCUUGUUGUUGUUUAAACUAAUUUUCCUUGCUUAUGAAGGACGUAUCUAUGAAUCGUUGUUGAAGAUUAUAUAUUCUCCUUUGAUUUUGA